AUGGCAUUCGACGGGACAUGGAAAGUAUACAAAAAUGAAGACUAUGACAAAUUCAUGGAGCAAAUGGGAGUCCAUUUUGUGAAAAGGAAGCUAGGAGCCAAUGACAACUUACACAUCACAAUCAAGCAAGAUGGGAACAAUUUUAAAGUGGUUGAAAAAAGCACCUUCCGUACUAAGGAGAUUGAGUUUACACUAGGAGUGGUCUUUGAUUAUGACACAGCAGAUGGAACAGAACUCAAUGGUGAUUGGAAAAUGGAUGGAAACACACUUGUUGCCACAUUCACCAGAAAAGACAAUGGCAAAAUACUUAUUACACGGAGGGAAAUUGUUGAUGGGGAAAUGGUGCAACUCUAUACUCCUCAAAAGUUUAUAAGCCACUCUCCAGGAACAACACAGAAAUAUAAAGCAGAUACCAGUACAAAUGCAGGGAAUUUUAAUAGGAGAUGGCAGAAGGACUUUGAAGAACUCCUGAAUGCAGUGUACAUUCCCUCUUCUGAGAAGUUAGCCCUAGAAGCAGCUUAUAAUAUUGUCAUCUUGGCCACAAGAGACUGUGAUCUCCAGUAUGCAGUGGAGGGGUCAACAGCUGAAUGUGAAGCAGGUGAGAUGAAAAUCAACACUUCUAAAUCAGAGGCCAAGGUUUUCUCCCAGAAAAGACUGCACUGGUGGAGGCAGUUACCUCAAGUUGAGGACUGUUAA